AUGGCAUAUGGUUUUGGUGCUGCAUCUUUCAGUGGAGGAGUUGAUGUUAACUUAUGUUGCGCUUGUUUCUUGCUCAGCUUUACCGAUCAACUUACAAACAAGAAAAUGAUCGUACAGGUUACAAAUACUGGUUCUGAUCUAAGUAGAAAUCACUUUGACAUUGCUCUUCCCGGAGGUGGUGUUGGAAUCUUCAACCAAGGUUGCCACAACCAAUGGAAUGCUCCAUGGACCGGCUGGGGUGACCAAUAUGGUGGUGUUCACAGCAAAUCUGAUUGUUCAACUCUGCCUAAAAAUCUACAAGCUGGAUGUAACUUCAGAUUUGAUUUCUACCAAAAUGCCAACAAUCCAAACAUGAAUUUCCAGCAAGUCAAAUGUCCUGCUGAAAUCGUUGCCAAAACUGGUUGCAGUCUUUAA